AAAAACACGUUACAAACGAAAACCUUUCGCACACCCCGGCGUCAAAACGAGAAUAUAAACCGAGGAGCCGCUUAAAAAAAAAAAAAAAAAAAAGUUGAACUUAUUCAACUUGACUGGCGUUCCGACUCGAAAACUCUUUCUCCGUCGCCCUCCCCGUCGACGUUACUUACGUACGCAGCCGUGGCGUGCCCGCGAGCCAAAUAACAUGGAGUCCUCCGUCUGGCAUCUUCAAGGGAUCCAUGCGAAAACCUGAGCGGCGGUUCGGAAGGACAAGUUUGUCCCCGCGGGAGCAGUCGAAGCCCCCGGCGAGCAUCGUCUCGGGGCGGUGAAACAGCUCCGUCCUCACAACUAUGACGAGCGGUGCUUGAACGAGCCAGCCCUUUUUUUCUACUGCGACCCGCAAGCCAGGCCGAAUUCAGAAGAGGAAGCUGCACAAUGUAGGACGACUGGUCACCAGUGGGACUCCAUACUGCUCUCUGGGGGGAGGGGUGGGGGGACCAUGGAGCCAGAGGGGCGACCCCUAACCCCAGGGACCAGCUAUGGGCCCGCACCCUCCACUUCAGCACAAAACCCCGCCUCCCUCGAAUGCACCUUACAGUCCUCAUGCUCUCCAAAUGUGAGGGACGGCCCGAUGUCUGCCAAACGCUCUCGGGUGGCGCGGGCCGGAGAUGAGGGCCCCGGGUCCGGGCCCAGCGCAGACCCAGGGAGGAGCGCACAGAGGAGAUUCAGGUCCUCAGCCUUUCCUUCCUCCCUAAGCUGGGACUCUGACUCCGAGAGAGAAACACAGGAUGAAGAGGAGCUACAGCACUUUUCUAACCCUCACGGUCUGGCUGCUCACAGCCCGGGAUCCCCUUCUUCUGGACUCAGACUUCAUAGUGAAGAUGAACCUGAAAAACUGCAGCACUUGCAUGGCGAGACCGACUGGUCUACUGCUGUGGAGGGGCAUGCCGGCGACCACGAGAGCAAAAAGACAGAAGAGCCAAAUACGUCUCUGCUCGGCCCAACAGACUUGGCAGACAGCGACGCGUGGAAUGUAUCCGAGCUGUUUCUGUCCAAAGGAAAACCAAAGGAUGGUUGCCAAAUGGAGGAGGAGGAGGAGGAGGAGGAGGAGGAGGAGGAGGAGGAGGAGGAGGAGGAGGAUGAUGAUGAGGUGGGCCAUAGUGAGGGAGAGAAGAGGCCCAAGGGAAAAGAAACCAAGGAGCUUGAGAGGGAUGUGUAUACCUUCCCUGGAGACUCGGACCCCGAGAGUCCCCCUCCCGCCCCCUGGGCUCAUUGCACAUUCAUUCAGCGGUGCCGCAAGAAGAGGGUGCUGCUCAGGCCCUUCUCCGGACUUGGCACCUUAAAGCGCACAUCGCCUGAGGCCAGCAAACGGCCGACUGCUCAAAAAUCCCAAACCACUGAGACGACACAGCUCGAUCGAGGUGCAGGGGUGUAUGAUUUUGAGGAGGCCAGCUUCAGAGAGGCAGCAGUGGAGGAGCCGAUGAAGUUUGGAGGGAAAGGGGACAAUGAAGAAGAGGAAGAAGAGCCGGGUAAAGAAAUCUUCACCUGCGUGGAAUGUAGCAUUUACUUCAAGAAGCAGGUCCACCUGCAGGAGCACAUAGUGGAGCACUGUCAGAGUGGCGCAGCGGGCGGCAGGCGUUCGGGAAAGGGCGGCCGAUUUCGGUGUGUUGAGUGUGGAUGGAACCUGCCAAAUCGGCUCGCACUGGCUGACCACCACAGGAGGCACCAGGAGUCUCGUCUAAAGAUCUUGGAGGAGAUUGAGAAACUGAACGGAAACGGGAAGGUGGGAGAGAUUCAGAAGUUCGACGGUAAGGCGGUGGAGCAUACAAGCUCUGACGGGGCUAUUAUGCGAGACGCGGGCAAAACGCCAGAGCCAGGAACAUCUCCGCCACUUUCCCCGGCCCCGGUUUCAACACCAGACACAGCAGUUCUCGACUCGGACGGCGCUCCUCCGAAUUCAGUUCGAAGUCCGGCUUCGGCCCGAGGUGUUUCCGCCUUACGCCGCCGCUUCGUCUGCACCAAGUGUAACUUCAGCACAAGAACCUCCCAGGCACUGGCCAAUCACACCAAGACCCACAACAGAAAAAAACCCGCUCGCCAGGCUGCCCCCCCGUCCCCUAGUCCACCAUCGUGUUUGGCAUCAACUUCCCUGGCCUGUGGUCAUUGUGCCUUCCUGACCUCCAGUCAAACUGUAAUGAGGGAACACCAGAAACUUGUUCACCCGGCGCAGGUCUCCAUCAGCGGGGCACUGGCUGAUGAGACUGGCCAGCGUUGGAGGUCUGACACGGGCGCUCGUAUAUCAAAACCCAGCCUCGAUUCUGACCGUCUCUCUGGGUCUGGAUCUGGAUCCUCGCACGAUGCAACUCGAGGCGAGAGCCAACAAGGAGCCGCUGCUUCUGAGGGCGGUGCGCCGCCAGAAGGUGCAGCAGCUCGCCCCGCGAGCCAGGUGGUCUUCAAGUGCGUUGGGAACAGGAGAUUCAGCAGAAGAGGGAAGACUUGGACUGAUCUGGCCAAGUUUCUGGAGGAUGACAAGCUGACUGGGAGUGAAGAAGAAGAAGAGCAGAGCACAGAGCUCGACACCGAGUGUUCCCAACGAGAUGCUAACUCAACUGUUGGAGGGAAACCGCACACCAGAGCACGGUCCAGCACAGAGGACUGCUCAGCACAGCAGAGCACCACAUUUUCGCUCCUCCCUGAGAAGUGUGUGACGGACGAAGACAAGCUGGAGGUGGAGAAAGAUGGAAAGGUUUUCUUUCUGAGGAGGAGCAACCGGGUUACCGCUGCUCCCGCGGAAACUGACAGCGAAGACGACGACGACGACGACGACAUUGACAUUGACGAGGAGCACGUGCGACGUCUCCUGUCGGAAGGGUUCUUGGAUGAAGACCCGGACGAGAUCGAUGAAGACUCGGAAGCGCUCAAGAGUGUGGAGAGGAAGUGCCCCUACUGCCCCGAUCGAUUUCAUAAUGGCAUCGGGCUCGCCAAUCACGUGAGGGGCCACCUAAACCGAGUGGGCGUCAGCUACAAUGUGCGUCACUUCAUAUCCCCCGAGGAAGUCAAUGCGAUUGAGAGGAAGUUCUCCUAUCAGAAGAAGAAGAAAAAAGUUGCCAACUUCGACCCGGACACAUUCAGCGUGAUGCACUGCGAGUUCUGCAGCGCCGGCUUCGACACCCGGGCCGGCCUGUCCAGCCACGCCAGGGCCCACCUCCGCGACUUCGGCAUCACCAACUGGGACGUCACCAUCUCGCCUAUCCACAUCCUGAGGGAGCUGUUCUCCAGCAGGCCCGACCUUACGAUCCCCACGGCUCCCCCCCGGAGCACCUACUCGGAGGAGGAGGAGGAAGAGGAGGAAGAAGAGGAAGAGGAGAAGGAGAUGGAGGAGGAAGGGGAGGGAAUUGUUGAGGUGAAGUUGGAGGGGGACACAAGCGAGAGCGUGGCCGUUCCGGAUGCACCGCCCUCAGCAUCUCCUCAACGCUUGAAGGAGGAGGACGGGGUAGAAGAGAGUGGAGGUGAGGAGGAGGAAGCAGCUGAGGAUGAUGAGGACGAGGAGGUGCCCCAGUGUCCAGCACUGGAUGAUCUGAGCUCAAGCCGGACACAGAAAGCCGGCCGGUGCAGUGUGGACUCAGACGGCCUCUCUCCCGAAGAGGAUGCAGACUCCAAGGUCCACGAUUUGAAGUGCGCGGUGUGCGGAGCCCAGUUCGAGACCAGGCGCGGGCUGUCCAGCCACGCCCGCUCUCACCUGCGCCAGCUGGGCGUCGGCGUCUCGGAGAGCAGCGGGGCGCCGAUCAACCUCCUCUACCAAAUUGCCAAGAAGCACCACGCGGGCGGCCAGAUAUCUCUUCCGGAGCCCCUUUCCGCCAAGAACGCCUCUGUCCCUCAGAAGGAUGAGGAGCUAGAAGACAUGGACUUAGACGAGAAAGCCAUUCCCCUCUCCAUCCUGGCCAAAGCGGCGAAAGCAGUGCCACCCUCUUCUUCCUCCACACCGUCACCUUCCCCCGGUGCUUCACCGGCUCUGCCUCACUCCGGCUCCCCGUCCUCAGUUGUGAGGAAAGCCCCUAUAUCCUCUCUGCUGCCCGUGUCUUCCCCCUUGCGCUCCCUUGAGCACAAGGCCGGGGGAAUGAAAGGCUUGACCUCUAACCUCUCUGCCAACGUCACGACCAAACCCACCUGGGCACCGCAGGAGAAUGACGCUCCUCUCAACCUCACACUGGAGGUGGACCCUAACAAGGAUAUCGUCUGUCAGCUGUGCGGCGCCUGGUUCGAGACUCGGAAAGGUUUGUCCAGCCACGCGCGGGCCCACCUGCGGCACUUUGGGGUGGAGUACUCCGAAUCCAAGGGCUCACCCAUCGACCUGCUGAACCAGCUCAUCAACACGGACGACUUCAAGCACAAAGCCGGCGCGCUGCAGCUCGACGGCCGCGCAAGGCCGCGGGGCCUCGCCACCACACUUUCCGGCCCAAAGCACUCCCUGCUCAGCCUCUCUUCCUCUUCCUCCCUCCUCUGCAAGGUGAGUACAGCCGGCGGCGGGUCCAUGCCCAGAGCUACCCCUUCCUCUGCCCCGUCUCUGCUCGGCCCACCCGCCAAGCGUCACAAGUCCUCCUCCAUGAGGGUCUUCCGCCUGAGUAGUGGCGAGCUCAUGGCCCUUCCACACAGUGAACCUCCGAAGGAAAUAGGCUGCGAGUUCUGCGGGGAGUAUUUCGAGAACCGCAAAGGCCUCUCCAGCCACGCCCGCUCCCACCUGCGCCAGAUGGGCAUCACCGAGUGGACCGUCAACGGCUCGCCCAUCGACACUCUGAGGGAGAUCAUCACAAGGCGGGGCCUGCCUUGUGCUCUUCCUCUAAAACCUCUCAAAACUCCACCCCGGUCCUCUCCGGGACCCCCUCGUUCGCCUCUGCCCACCUCUUCUUCCUCCUCUCCCUCUGCCACCCUCCUCAGCCGCUUACCCUUCGCCUUUGCCCGCCCCUCAAGUCCCCCACAGUCCACACCGUCUAAAUCGAGCUCGGCUCCACCGACGUCCGCCAGCGGGCUGAUUCUCAAGCUGAAACCUGAGCCGGUGCAGCUGGAGGUCACCUCGCCAGGAACCGCAGGGAGAUCUGCCGGCUUCUCCGGCGAAGCUCUCAACUGCACUUGGAGCAGCUCUGACAGUGUGUUCCCCCUCAACUUGGCCAUGGCCCAUGAAGUGGAGCCCACAAGAGAUAUUCGCUGCGAGUUCUGCGGGGAGUACUUCGAGAACCGCAAAGGCCUCUCCAGCCACGCCCGCUCCCAUCUGCGCCAGAUGGGCAUCACCGAGUGGACGGUCAACGGCUCGCCCAUCGACACUCUGAGGGAGGUCAUGCACAAGAGAGGGGUGGGAGUGAAGAAGGAGUCGACCCAGGGGGCCAGCAGUCCCCUGUGGGAUUACAAAGAGGGUUUGGGUGUUUCAGGCUACCAGUCCUCCAAGUUCCGCAAGUCUCCGCUCAGCUUGCUGCAGUCGGGGUCCAGGCUCCACAAGCAGGGCCUGGGGUCCACGUCUGCUACCCCGCCACCUGGGAAGUUCUUCAGACUCUCCCCACUGGGGAAGAGGCCUCUGUCUGAAGAGACCCAGCCAGUGGAGACCGCCAAGUCACCGCCACAUCAGCCCAAGGCUUUCUCACCGCUGCCACAUGAUUUCUCCUUCAAAAGAAAACCUUCCCCAGACAAACACGGACACCAGGAUCCCAGUUGCGAGCUGUGCGGCUUCUACUUCGAGAACCGCAAGGCCCUGGCCAGCCACGCGCGAGCCCACCUGAGGCAGUUCGGCGUGACAGAGUGGUGCGUGAAUGGAUCCCCCAUCGAGACGCUCAGCGCCUGGAUGCGCAGCAGGCCGCAGAAGGUGCUGGAGAUGCAUCGCAGCUACAUGCAGGGCAACCGCUCCACCCUCAAGAAGAAGAGCAGCUCAACGGAUUCUGAUCAUAUCCUCCCCAUCUCAUCACAGAAGGCCUCCUCUUCCUCCUCCUCCUCCUCCCAGUGGUCGUCUUCAUUGGCUGUAAGCCUGGUGCGGGCCGGGCUGAGCCGCGAGGUCAGCCAGGGCUCUUCCAGAACCGCCGAGGGUGAAGCCGGUCCCAACCUCCACGCUCUGUUCAGGCCCGGCCGCAGCAGUCCCAGCCCCUCGCGGCUCGCCGGCGGCCUCCCGCUCCAAGCACAGGUGGCGCGCAGUGAGCUUAACGUCCGCCUGCCGAGAGGUUAUGAGCGGCGGCCCUUGAAGCACCCGUCGUUCCCAGACGGAACGGAGAGUCCUCCCAAACCCCCCCGCACAGGCACCGUCCCCGCCCUGGUGCCCAAACCGCCCUCCUACCCACUGGUCAAACUGGUGGGCAAGUUCUACACCCUGAAGUGCCGAUUCUGCGAGGUGGAGUUUCACGGCCCGCUGUCGGUGCAGGAGGACUGGAUCCGACACCUCCAGCAGCACAUCCUCAAGAUGAACUACAACAAGGCCGCCGCGCCCAAAGCGGCCCCCGCUGAACCCCCGGCCCCGGUCGACGCCGCGGCCCCGGUCCCUGUCCAAGCCUCUCCCCCGGCCUCCACCUCUACCUCCAGUACCACCUCCACCACGCCUGCCCAAGCCUCCACCCCGACCUGCGACGCGCCUCCCGACGGCCGCUCCACCACGCCUCCGGUGGCCGAGUGUGCUCCGCCGGUCACUGCCACAGAGAUUGUAACUGUCUCGGAGGAGCAGCCCACCCUAUCUCCAGCUUCUAUCCCCCUCCCCGCCCAGACAGUGUAAGCUCAAACUCAUCGCUGUCAUUUAAACCCUUUUCUUUUUCCCUUUUUUUAAAAAUAUCUCUUCGUCCAUCCGCUUCUUUCCUUUCGGCCUUCACAAAGUGUUGAGAGAGGAUCGUUUCCCCUCCAAAGAGCCCUCUGAGCCCCAAGCACCUUUUGAAGCAGCUUUCUGGACUGUUACUAAGUCCCGUUACCAGGGGAACGAAGCUCUCCUGGCUUAUCCGCGAGUUUGGCAAGUAUCAUGAGGAGAGAUGAACUAGUGUUUUGUGAUUGCCUUGUUUCUAUUGAAUGUCCAGGUGUUGACGCAGACCUUUGCUGUACCUCUCUCCUCCCAGUCACCUGGGGAUUUAGGGGUUAAUGUAGCCCUUUAUCAAGCUUCAACCCUCCUGUCUGCUACAGUUUCGUCCCCCAUUUCCUUUUAUGAACAGACUUUGACCAUUUCUAUCAGCACGCCGGUUGCGCCGGCCUUCUCACCUAAAGGUCCCGACUGAGAUUAAAUGACAUUUAUAAUCACGCCAGUCUCGUCUGGUCGAGACGUCAAACAUGUGGUAACACGAA